GCACAAAUGUGCCAAGCAGUUCAGGAUAACGUUAGAUGAUGAUUGUUCUGACGUAUCUGACGUUAACUGAAACAUAAUAGAACAAAAUACUUAUAAGGUGGACCACCGAUCCAUUUGAAAGACUUAUUGGAUAUUGAAGCAGAAGCAGAAACCCACGUGGAGUUUGUACAGUGCUUACGGCAGACCCUCACAUCCUUCAUUCAGCAUCGAUUGAAUGAGCACUUAUUUAUUGUCACCACAUGCCACUCAUUCCCCAAUGUUGAACAUAUGAAGAACCCCACUGAUCACCGCAAUGGGACAAAAUACUUCUGAUGUGUGACCAACGCACGGAGAUGCAGGAGCCAGCAUUACCGUCACCCACGGGAGGAACGGCAGCUGAGGGGAGGUCGUCGUCAGGGCAACAGAACGGACAUGCUCAGUCAGAAUCCCUCGGGGGGGAGGAGAGACGAGCUUCAGAUGAAGAAGCGGGGCGGGAAGACGAGGAGCUGACUGUUGGAUCAUAUGAACUCGCUUCCUUGACCAACAGCCGCCCUGAAUGCGUCUCGGCUUCAACCGAGAGCAGUGAAAAUACAGAUGGUAGCAGGGGGCAGGUGCACAGAGAGGUGAUGGUCACCGUGGCUGAGAUGAAGAAGAGGAUUCCAUCAGACAAAAGCAGUCGCAGCAAAGCCAGCACUGUGGAGGCCUUGCAUUACGCACUGCGCUGUGUCAAACAAGUGCAAGCUAACAGCGAUUACUACAGACUGCUGAUGCAAAAUGGCCACGAUGAGAGGAGAGAUGCCACUGUUUGCACCCUGGAAGAGUUGGAGAGAAUCACGUGUGAACACACCCUUAAAAACACGAAUUCCUUUGUGGUGGUUUUCUCCCUGACAAGUGGCCGUGUGCUGAAUGCUUCGGAGCAGGCUCCCAGCAUCCUUUGCUGCAAAAGGAAGUUCCUGGAGUCCGCCAAGUUUGUGGAGCUGCUCUUCCACCAAGAUGUUGAUGUCUUUUACUCGCACACGGCUCAGCCACAUCUGCCAGCCUGGAGCAACUUGCCUACACUGGGAGGUCUGUUUGACUGUGCCCAGGUCAAGUCUUUCUUUUGCAGAAUCAGGGGCGGGAAGGACCGUGAGGGUGAGAUGCGCUAUAAGCCGUUCCGGAUAACACCCUACCUGCUUCCGCUGCAGGGAACAGGAAGAAGUGGGGAAGAGGAGGAGCCGUGCUGUUUGGCGCUGGCUGAACGUUUCCUCUCUGCAUAUGAGGCACCUCGGAUCCCAAUGGACAAGCGCAUCUUCACCACCACACACUCACCCGGCUGCGUGUUCCUGGAGGUGGAUGACAGGGCUGUGCCGUUACUGGGAUACCUUCCCCAGGAUCUGAUUGGCAAGUCGUUGCUGAGUUGCAUUCACCCAGAUGACCGCCUCCUCAUGCUGUCUAUGCACCGGAAAGUGUUGAAGUACGCCGGCCAGCCUCCGAUCGAGCACUCUCCUGUGCGCCUGCGCUGUCACAACGGAGACCACAUCACCUUGGAAACCAGCUGGUCCAGCUUCAUUAACCCUUGGAGCCGCAAGGUGGCCUUCAUCAUCGGACGGCACAAAGUCAGGACGAUUCCACUGAAUAAGGAUGUGUUUGCCGCACCGACAAAGGAAAAUGUCACAGUCGCCAAUGAGGAAGUAAAAGAUCUACAAGCCAAGAUCUAUAAGCUUUUCCUGCAGCCGAUACAUAACAAUGGGUCCAGUGGUUAUGGCAGUUUGGGAAGUAAUGGCUCUCAUGAGCACUACAUCAGCGUAGCUUCUUCAAGUGACAGCAACCUGUGGGAGGACGCGCACCGCAAACCGCAGAUCUGUGCUGAUGUGAACCGAGUCAAGAGUUGGUGCCAGCGGGCUAAUCGGGUCUCCAACCACACAACUAUUUUUGGUAAACCAGCCACAGUCUCCAACCCUAAGGUUUUAGAUCAUGAAGACGGCAGGGAGCAAACGCAUGUUGCCUCCUAUCAGCAGAUCAACUGUGUAGACAGUAUCAUCAGAUACUUGGACAGUUAUACCGACCCAGCCCUCAAACGGAAGAGUCACUCUCACUCCCUGGCCUCAUCGUCCUCCUCUUCAUCUUUGACCUCGGAAGACGACACGCCUGCGGCAGCCACUGAGCCGGCUCACGCCAGCCUAGAUGCGGUGUUAGACAGCGCAGCGUCAGCGGCCCCGACAGCAGCGGCCGUUGUUGGAGCGCCUCUGACAGACACCACAAUGUCCACUACGGCGACCAGCCAGUGUUCGUACAGCAGCACUAUCGUCCAUGUGCCACAGCCGGGAUCAGAGGCCAUGGCAUUGGAGGACACCCCGAUGGGCAACGAGCCCGCCGAUGCUGCUCUGACCUCUCUCCGUCGUGCCCCGAACCUCAACACAGAGGAACAAAAGUUUAUAGGUCUCACCAAGGAGGUGCUGACAGCUCACACCGAGAAGGAGGAGCAGGAGUAUGUGGAUGGGUUCCGCCAUCGCGUCCUCCAAAGCCCUUACAACUCCUUUCUGCAGCUCGACAACAGCUCUGUGGCCCAUUCUCACCACCCAGGCGAUAACCUACGUCCAGUGAGCGCUGGCAGGUUGAACCGCUCUCGGAGAGGAAAGCCCAGACACAAGCGCCCCAAAUCCCAGGGUUCCUCCGACAGUUACUCUUCCCCAGCUGGCCCCCCUCGCCUCGUUCCAGACACCUACAGGCCUUCCUCGGAAUCCUCCCAGCCCCAGAAGGCAACACCCUACAGCCAAACAUCCCCUCUGCAGGUGCCAUUCUUCCCCAUGAUGGAAAACCAGCCUGGUCUAGAGCAACCGCCCAGGCUGCAACAGCUGUGUGGAGCAACCCCUGUUGUGUUGCAGUCUCCUAACUUCAACAUCAUGCAGUCUGCUCAGAGCCAGCAGGGCAUGCAACCAUUUCAAAUCGAUCCCUUUCAGAAUCUGCAGAAUAUCCAGAACUUUCACAACCUGCAGCCCAUUGUUCCCACCCAGGAAAUCAACCCUUACAUGAGUCCCGUCAUGACUGUCAUCCUGCCCAGCUACCCAACAUUUACUCCAGCUUACCCAUCCAUUUACCCACCAUGCACUCCAUCCAUACUGCCCCAGGCACCCAUCACCAUGACGGGCUUUGCCCCUAGCUGUGUCCCCUUCUCCGAGCCCCAGUUCCAAGCCCAGUCUGGCCUCAACACUCAGGCCUGCAACACGGGCCCCUCGUUUUUCUCACCCACCGCCUCCUCUGUCGGGGAAGAGGAGGAGGCAUCUGAGCCUCAGGGUUUAUUCUCCAGCUCUCGCUCGAGUUCUCCACUGCAGCUGAACUUGCUGCAGGAGGAGCUUCCAAAGCUGAGUGAAGGGCUGCGGAGCAACGGAGACAACCAUGCAGAGAGCCUCCUUGAACUCCGUUCCAACCAGUGUGAAAACCCCAGUGAGUCUGGGAACCAUGAUGCCCAGUGUACAUCCCGUGAGCUGCUUGACGUGCUGCUACAGGAGGAUGCCAGGUCGGGGACCGGCUCCAACGCCUCAGGGUCAGGAGAGUCUGGGGGAUCCCUGGGAUCUGGUUCUGGCUCCAGAGGGACCUCACACACUGGCAGCAGCGACAGUAGCAAGUACUUUGCCAGCAAUGACUCGUCAGACGGAUCCCGCGAAGCCCGUAAGAGCCGGGCGGCCCGUACAGAGCACCAACACGGCUUAGACACUCGGGACUCACUUUGGGACAGGAUCCAGCACAUGCAUGAGCAUGUCAUGAUGACGUACCAGAUCCACACCAGGGACCAGAAUGAGGUGCUGGCAGAGGACCGGGAGAAGCUUCGGGUGCUUCACCCCCUCCAGCCCUGGUUCAGCCAGGAGCAGAGGGAGGAGCUAGCUGAGGUCCAUCCCUGGAUCCAACAGCACACUGUCCCAGAGGAGACACAGGUGGAGGUCUCCGAUCACAUGCACUCAUGACAAACGCAUGAAUCUUUCUGCACGCCUGGACACUGGAGCACGCCUGUGUUAAAUGUGUCUUUUUUGUCACGCAGUUGUUGUUGUGGGAGUUGUAACUCGGGCCCAUUGGUAGUCCACUCGCCUCGCCCUACUGCCCUCUAUAACGUGGGGCCUAUAGUGGACACCUGAGGAACCUGGACCUCAAAACAUCCGUUAAGGCCGUGCCUUAAACAACCCCCGCCAAGCAUCUCCUCCGAGAACUCUAGAGGGUUAGCUCCCUACGCUUUAGUUUUUCACAUACUUUGUAAAAGUAUCAGAGGCUGCACCGGCUCUGAGGAACGGAGGCGGAAAAAGAGACGGCCAUUUUCUCUCAGCCAGCUUUAUGAGCCUGCCUCUAUGUGUACCUCUCUUUUUGAUGUGUUCAUUGACACCUGUAGGGAUUUAGUUUGUAUUUAAGACCGACUAGUAGAUUGCAAAAUGGACCACAUGACCACAUUUAGGAAGAUGCUCCCGUGAACACGAGCACUGUGUACACACAUUCGAUCAGUUUGGAUCAGUGUGACUGGCCGACAAAGACGUAUCAGUAUCAUGGAGUGCAGGUUGUAGCACCACGUAGUGACUUCCUGUGGCUUUCUGUUUAGAACAUUCAUAUUCUAGCCCUGUAAGUUCAUUGUUAUUGGAGUGUUGUCUCUUAA